UGGGUGUGUUUACAUAGCUGAUGAUGUAAACAGAAAAGACGCCUCAUCCGAAUAAGUCACAUACCAUAAAGGCAGACUAUCUGUAUUUAUCUCGGCAAUAGUGAUUAAUUUGUGUUUUCCUUGAUAUGUUUUAAUUCAUAGAAACAAGGAGCAAUGGACUUCUACAUCAAUUUGAAGGUGAAUUUCAGGGGGAAUGCGAAGAAUUUUCUCCUGUCAGGUUCGGAGACGAAGAGUUGGGAGUCAAUGGAGGCCAUGGUGAAAAGGUCCUUUGGCCUGUGUAAUCUACAGGUUACUUAUUUUGAUGAGGAGAAUGAGGAGGUAUCCAUAAACAGCCAAAUGGAGUAUGAGGAGGCAUUAAAGAGUGCAUCCAGGCAAGGGAACCGGCUACACAUGAAUGUGUAUGAGACCAGGGGUCAGCCCACGCGUGUGCCGGCCAAGGCCAGUGGAGGGGAGCCCAAGAGAGGGUUCCGUCCCCCACAGCACUGCCCAACCCUGGCUCAGGUGGUGAGCCGGAAGGUCCAGGCUGCUGUCCCCGAACAGGGCAUGGUGAUCAUGAAAGAACUAAAGGGGACCAAAGAGGAAGAUAAGACACCUCCAGCAUGGUUUACAUCUUACAUGGAGAAGUUCAAAGACCAAGUAGUGAGGGAGGCAGUGGAGAAGAUCUGUCGGGAGUUCUCGGGCCAGUGCUGCAUCCACAAGCCCAUUGGGGCUGAGGCCCAGAUCCCUGAGGUGACCUCCUCCACCCUGCCUGGGGGUCCUAGUUCCACCCCUGCCUGCAGCAGCUGUCGGGGCCAGACCGCUGGGGGAGGAUACCAGUGCAGUGUGUGUACGUCCUGCACACUGUGUGAGCCCUGCAGCUUCUCCCAUGACCCCAGCCACAACCUGGUGAGAGCCAGAACACCCCUCUCCAUCCCUGAGCACGGCUCGCCAGCCCCAGACCACAGCAGGUUCUACCGGCGAGGGGACCGGAGCUUCCGGAAGGCGGAGAAGCAGCGUCUGAAGGCUGAGAAGCGUCAGCUGAAGGCGGAGGUAAAGGAGAUCAGGAAGCAGCUGAAGAUGGAAAGGAGGGGCCUGCAGUGGAGUGCCGCUGGCGACGGGAGCUCCUCCCCCGUCCUGCUCCAACCCAGGGCCACCCAGGCCAACAGCCCGGAGCGUCCCAAGCGGCCAUGCCCUCUGGUGGUGCCAGCCAUGACGGCCCUGUUCCUGGACGAGAACCUGCCUGAUGGGACUCGUCUUCGCCCGGGAACCAGGUUCAUCAAGUACUGGAAGAUGAGAAACACUGGCAGCGUGAGCUGGAGCUCUGAAACCAAGCUGAAGUUCAUGUGGGGGAAUCUGGCGGUGGCGUCGGGUGACCGCUGGCGUGAGGUGGCUGUGCCUUUCCUGCAGCCAGGUCAGGUGGGCGUAGUAAGCGUGGCCCUAUGCGCCCCGGCCCUAGAAGGCUCAUACACCUCCCACUGGCGUCUGGCACAUGGUGGGGAGCAGUUUGGCCCUCGCGUCUGGUGCAGCAUUGUGGUGGACCCCCUGGCCCCUGCAGCCAUGAUGGCAGAUGGCGUGCUGGUGUCGCCCUGCGUCACCCCACAGGGGAAGAACCCCCUCUCCACAGGUAAGGGUGGGAAGUCUUGUGCUGCAGCCUCUAGGGAUCAAGCACUCAUGUCAGUGGACCAAGGCGAACGAGAAUACUACAUUCCUUCUGUGGACCUGCUCACAGCCCAGGACUUACUCUCCUUUGAGCUGCUGGACAUCAACAUUGUUCAGGAAAUAGAGAGCGUGCCCAACAACACCCCAGCAGAUAUGACCCCGUGCAUAUCCCCAUUGCCCCAUGACGGUCCCCUGCAGGAGAAGCCCACCCUGCGGUUGAUCCAGGAGGAAGCAGAGGCCCAUCAGGCCCAGGGAGUCACAAGCAUCCAGCCGUCUCAGGGCCUGGUGCCAGGGGCGGAGGGGGGCCGGGUUCCAGCCCAGGAGGAGGGAGAGGACGAUAUGAGCGGGACUCAGUUUGUGUGUGAGACGGUGAUGCGCUCGCUCACACUGGAGGAGGCCCCAGACCACACACCCCUGUGUGGGAACUGCCCCGGCAAAGUGGUCCGCCCAGCAGCCCAAGGUGGCUCCGCCUCCUCUUCUCUUAAAGGGAAAGGUGUUGAGAAGCGUUUGGAGGUGAGGUCAGAGAAAACCCGGGACAUAUCCCCCGUGGCCCCAGCCCUAGCACCACCCCAGCUGGCUAUACCAGAGCUGAUGAUGCCAGAUGAGGGACUGGAGUCAGACAUCGAGAGCAUCUGCAUGGAUGCCAGAGGGGACAAAGACAAGGGCGAAGAUAAAGGAGAGUUGACAGAGGGGAACAGGGGAGCCCGCAGCCGUUCCUCCUCGGCCUCAUCCGAGGAUUACAUCAUCAUCCUCCCUGACUGCUUCGACACCAGCCGCCCGCUGGGAGAGUCCAUGUACAUUUCCGCCCUCUCCCAGCCUGGACAUACCCCCGACACGCCCACAGACCCUGACAGCCAGGGCCGUACCACUCCCGAGGGGGAGCAAGAUGAAGCAGAAGAGACCAUUUCAGGCUCCAGCAGCGCCAACGAUAUGCUGUGCACCUCCCAGACGUUGGACGCCGUGCCCCUAACCCCUGUGGUGGUGGCACCCCCUCGGCUCAACUCAGCUCUUACACCCAGCCUAGACGGCAAUGAUCAGACCAAGGCAGCAGCAGAGUCCCUGGACAGGACUGAGGUCUACCAGCAGGGAGAGUCCGAGGAUGGUUCCAAGCAGCCAGACAGCCAACCAGACAGCCCAUCUGCUUCUGGUGACUCAGAAGACAACUCCGAAGACCCUAGGCACCCAGGCAUCACUGGAGGCCUGGUGAAAGGAGCCCUGUCUGUCGCAGCAUCCGCCUACAAGGCUCUGUUCACUGGGCAGCCUGGCCCAGUGCAGCCCCCAGUGGAUGGAGCCACCCAGGACACCAUGAUGGGGGUGCUGGUGGAGAUGGGCUUUGGUGACCGGCCGCUCAACCAGCGGCUGCUGAAGAAACACAACUACAACCUGCUGGACGUGGUCAAUGAACUGGUCCAGAUGACCGACAAUGACUGGUACUCCACCCGCUACUGAGGAGAGAGGGAGGAGGAGGGGCUGGGGUGGUGUCAUGGGUGUAACCUCUGCUGCCUUGACCUCUUGUCUCUCCUUCCUCUCUUAGAUUUGGCCCAAGUUGACAGGAGAUAUCCUGAUUAUGACCUAAAGAGACAUUCCCACGGACUUUGGGAUAUUUAGACUAUCAAAUAGCUACUGUACGUAUGUAUGUAUGUUUGUAGAUUAAUUUAACAUGUCUGUUUCUGGCUGUUAGCUUUUGCGUAGGAAAGGGGAGACUGAAGGGGGAUGGAUGAGGUGGUCUACUCUUUCCAGGAGAACACUUUCAUUGCUGUGGUAACAAAUGGCAAACAUAUCACAAGUUGCUAUCGCCGAGCCAUUCCUGUUAAACAGUAUACUCACCCUUGAAGUCAUUGAUUGGAAUACAGGCUGAAUAUGCAGCCAUAGACCAGGUAUAUUCAACAAGAGUUUCAGUAUGUGUACGUUUAGCUGAAGGUGUGUUGGGUGUACUAUUUAUCACAGAGCCAGAACCAUAUAGGUCUUACCAAAUGAUAAGCUGUGGCAAUAGCCAACAUUGUAUGACGUUAAUCAACAUCAUAGAGUGUUUGAAUAGUGGACACGUCAGGUCCUCGUUCCAAGCGUGAAUGACUGUCAGUGUUGGAGAAUGCUAUGCUUCUUUCAGAUCACAGCAAUUAAACACACACACACCCACAUGCUUAAACCUUUCUCAGCUCAACUGUUCAAAGUAUCAGCAUACUGUAGACAUAUGAUGUGUGUCUUAUUCAUUCCCCUACUUUCUGUGAUGUCGUGCCAUGGCUGACAACAUGCUAUGGAUAUUUGUGCGUAAUGGUGUACACAUGAAGUAUUUUUUAAAUGAGGACCAUUACAUUGAUGGUGCAUUUUGAGAGGGUAAUUUAAUCACCAUUCUUAACUAGGAGUAUAUUUGGGUUUAAAAAUAAUCAUGUAAAUAUAAUAUACAAAUAGUUUUUUUUGUUGCACAUGGAAGACAAAUAUUGAUGCAAACCCAAAAGACUAGCUGCUCAAGAAGUAAAGGACGUUAUAAUUUUUAAGAUCCUGUUGAAGGUAUUUUAUUUAUCAAGAAAUGAAUUAACCUCCUUUACAAAAUGUCUUCAAUCUGCUCUAUAUUGUCCUCAGAGGGAGGGGGGUUAUUUUCAGAACCAUACAGGGGGCCUGGUGAUCAUGAUAUAUCAAAAGCAUUGACUCGUUCCACUUGGUAUCAUUCUUUAAACUUGGUAUCAUUUUUUCCACUUAGUAUCAUUCUUUUAAAAAAUGUACGUCAAGUUCUUUCAAAACUGAAAUCAAGCAGUAUGUAACAAGUUUGAAAUACUUAUUAUUUUCCAAUAUGGAAAUGCUAACGUGUUUCAGGUAAUCCUAGGAGGUAAUCUUUGUUAAAAUAUUUUUGAUUUUAGACUUGAUUGCUUGAGGGCUGUUUUGGAAAUGUGAAGGAAGAUUUGCCUAUGUUCUUCUGGUUGAAGCUUGUUCAUGUCAUUGUGCUUGAAUUCCCACUGUUCUAAUAUGUUUAUAUUUGAAGAAAAGAUACUGGAAAGGUUUGCUUAAGUCUUGUACACUAAGGGGAACUUGACAGGGUUGUGAGCAUUGUGAAAAAUAAUUAGUGGCCAGUCAUAUAAUGUAGCAAAUGGAUAUUGGUAAAAAUCAUUAGUACAAAACCCCUAUGAAAACAACCCUAUUUUGGUAUAGCGUAGUCUUAAUGGUUCUUAGGGUUUGUCUUACCAAAGGAUGUGUCUGCUAAAUGACUCAAAUGUACAGUCCUACCAGGUGAUGGUGUCUGAUUUAUUACCACUUAUGAGGCAACUUUUAGGGUGUCAAGGAGAAACUGAAUUCAAGGACAAUAAGGAUUGUGGUCUUUUGAAUUCAAAUUAAAGUAAGCUUUUCCCACAUAUGUCAGAAAUUAUGGCAGGUUAAUGGAGGUCAGAAACCAUGCGAUUCAUACAUUUCUCCAUACAUGUACUUGAAACAUUCAUAACUUCCAUAUAUGGGCAUGAUAUUUUCAUAGAGGGUGAAGAAUGAGAACUCAAAAGUUUUUGGGGAGGGAUAAUGUGCAGUUUGUCUGAACUCUUUCUGUGUUGCACUUAGGACUUGCCUGGAACCUUGACAUUGAAUUGCAUUGCAUUCUAGGUCGGGCAGAAUUUAGCAUAUGAAUCAGGAAAAGUUUAUACUCACGACCUCUACAAGCCAGAAUGUUGAAUAAAAUUAUAUUUUAAUGUACUUUACCAGCAUGCACACAUGAUAAAAAUAUAUGCAUUACUUGCCGAGCUCGUGCACGUGUUUACAUGGUUUUGCGGACGCUUCAGGUGAUAGAAAUCUGAAUGUAAUUCUACUUUCCUGUGGAUAUUGUCUCACAUUCCUUCCACCAAAAGGACCAACUACACAGACAACCGGCAAAGUACAUAAAAACUAUUUUAUUCAACAUUUUGGCUUGUAGAGAUUCAAACGCUCAUUUCUGCCUACCUAGAAUUCAAUGUUGGGUUUCCAGGCAAUUAAAAUACAUAGGCUACCUGUGAUGUACAAAUAUCUGUCUCUAAUAAAAGUCACUACACUUAAUGUCACUUAUUUGAAUAAGGCUAAAUAAAACACAUUUAAAAUGCUCACAUACAUAA